CCACAACCAAUCAUGUUCCCCUGGAGGCUUCUCUUUGGGGCCGUCACCAUGUGUUCAGAGGCCAACCAUUUUCAUCAUUGGAAGAAAGAGGUCCUUGGUUGCAAGAAGAAAAGUUCGGCAGAAGGUCCCUAUGGUGGUGGCUCAUUCUCUAUGGAGACCCAGGUUGAAGAAGACGUGCAAAACAUGGCUGAUUCUUGUGGUCAAGAAUCCUUUCUAAGGGGGAUGGAAUGUCAUGUGCUUUAAUUAGUUUUUAUUUAAUUGGUUUUAUCAAUUGUUAAUUAAAAUUAGGAUUAAAUAUUAUGAAUUGUUAGACGUGAGUUAGUUGGGAUGAUUAGUGGGUUAGUGGUUACCUAGAACCAAGGGGUUUUAGCUUAAAUAUAGGUGUUUACCCGUUAAGUUCAUUAGUUGUAGG